AUGCCGGCCAAGUACCUGGGCCUGGGGGCGUUGGCGGAGGACAGGCGCCCGGACCUCCACCGCCAGGUGGGCUGCGUCACCGGGAUCUUGCAGGCCUUCGACCGCCGCCACCCUCUCGCCUCCUCCCACAAGAGGCUCCUUCCUCCCCCAACAGCAGGCCAUGCACUAUCCAGCAGCCCAAGCAAAGGGGGAGAGUGCACAAGAUAUUCACCCCAGAUUGUUCUGGAGAAGAACUCGAGUAAAACAUGGGCUGAUAGCCAAAGAGCACCAGCAGCAGAACUGUCUCAAACCUCAUAUUCGUCAUCACCCUCUUCGUCAUUCUCGUCCCUUGAUGGCAACAGGUCAACACAACAAGACCUAUCAUCCACUGACCGAAUGCUAUUUCCAGAGAGGCCGUUCAAGAGCUCACCGAAGCUCAAGAGUUCUUUUGACAGUGACAAUGGCCUCGGCUACCCUGAUGAUGCGCCUACCAAGUCCAAGAACAUGCCCAUAGUUCAAUCCAGCCUGCCAACUCUUGGUAUAAGAAAUCUUGUGAAGGAUUCAAUCUAUAAGGAUAACCGUGAAUUGUCAGCCAGAAUUUGCACUGAAGAAGAAGGAAAAGAUCACCCAUCCAAUUGUAGAGAUCAACCUAGGCAAUUGAAUGGGCCUCCCCGUGACAGUACACAAGGAAAAAGCAAGGGUCUCGUGGACAUCAAUGAAUCGCUUCGAGUGCUAGCCAAGCUCAGGGAAGCUUCGUGGACUCCUCCUGAAUCUGCCCAUCAUGCAAGACUUUCAUAUGAUGCUCCUCGGUUCUCAUACGAUGGGAAGGAAGCAGCAUCAAAACUGAGGGAGGUACCAAGGUUGUCACUGGACAUCAAGGACGGUCACCUUUGGAAUCGUGAAAUUGACUCUAGAUCAAACCCAAGCUUGAGUUCUGCAGACAGAAGCAGCAACACUGUUACUGGGUCCAAUGCAGCUUUCGAGAUCCAUCAGGAACAGCCUGCCUGCAAGCGGCUUCCUAGCGUUGUUGCAAAGCUCAUGGGUUUGGAAGAGUUGCCUGAGCAUAAUCAAAGUACAGCAUCAUCACAUGCGUGCAAAACCAUUCAAGAGAGCAAGCAAGAGGCCAUGUUGAACCCCUUGAGCAUCUCAUCCCACAACGAGCAUGCUCUUCGACAACAAAGGAAUCAUGAUUCAACUGUAAGAAAUCUACCCAACUCUAAGUUUCCUGUUGAAACUGCACCAUGGAAGCAACAAGAAAGGAUUGUCCUUCCUCGAAAACUGCCAAAGGGAUCAAAAGGAGCCCAUGCAAGAGAACAACCUGCUGCAUCAGUCUUCAGUGACAUAGAGAAGCGGCUCAAGGAUCUUGAUUUUCAACAAUCAAACAAGGACCUUAGAGCGCUUAAACAGAUUUUGGAUUCCAUGCAAGCAAAAGGACUAUUGGAAAACAAGAAACGGGAGGAAGCAUCUAUGCCAAAGUUAUAUGAUGGAAACCAUGAUGGCCAAGAGACAGCCAGUGUGAACAUGAGACUGAACAGUAACACCAACAACAUGUGGAUGCCUGAAGAGAGCAAUGCUGAAAGCUCUUUCAAAUCGCCUAUUGUGAUCAUGAAACCUUCAAAAUCUGCAAACCUUUUCAGCGAAAUGGAUUCUUCUGUCUUCCCAUUAGGGGGUUCAUCUGAUCCCCCACAUUCGCAAACAAGCAAUAGCACUGAUAGAAGGGGUUCAUCUGAUCCCCCACAUUCGCAAACAAGCAAUAGCACUGAUAGAAGGAAAGCUUCAACGAUCAAUAGAACAGCUAAAGAGCAACAUGCGAAAUUUAGUCAAAAGGUGCCUAUUUCUCAACCCCUUGUUUCUUAUGACAGGAGAUCAUAUGGAAGGAAUGACGAUAGCAGCAAAAACCAAAAAUCUAGUUCACUGCUGGUUACUGAGAGCUCAUCCAGAAGACAGCAGCUGCCAAGAGACAGUAACAUAAGUAUGCAAAAGAAUAAAAACUCCACUAGCCCAAGGUUACUACAGAGAAAACUUGAUUCAGAGCGGAGGGCUAGACCACCUAUCCCUUCUGCUGAGUCUAACAAAAGCCAAAGGCAAUCUGGAGAUAGGAAUAAUUCAGAAACAGUGUCACCCCGAAGCAAAUUCAGAAGGAAACUUGUGCGUCCACAAGAAGGUGAUGAUGGCAUGCCCAAUGGAUUCAACAACAGGACAAGGAGCCUGAAUCAGCAUGGCAAUGAUAUGUCCACAAGGUCAGAUGGCAAUAUAAGUGUUGCUUCAGAGCUGGAUAUCAUAAGCAAUGACAGAUCUACAGAAGUUAAUAUUUCUAACUUUGAGCAAGGCAUUGGAAGUCCAUCUGGAAGGAACCCACAAAAAGUGAAAACUUCAUAUGAUGCAAGCAAGGAUGUGCCAUCUGUAGACCCUUCGGCUACUAUUUCGGAACGGCCCAGUCCAGUUUCUGUGUUGGACUCUUCAUUUGAUCAGGAGGAUUUGUUCCCUACCAGCAGGACUCCAAAUUCACUUGCUGUUGAUGAUGAGCGCCAAACAUUAGAGGAACCCUGGAAACCUUCUGAUACAAAGCCAAUAGAGGUUGCUAUGCAGUUCAAGAACAAUAAACUCGCCAAUGUUGCGAGCUUGCUUGAGAAGCUCCAGCAGCUUAGCGUGAACAAGGAUGAGGAUGCACCUCCGGUUGACCAUAUUGCUUUCUUGUGUGAGACAGAAAGCCCAGACCACCGCUACAUGUCUGAGAUACUGCUGGCCUCGGGUCUUCUGAUGAAAGACCUAGGUUCAGGACAGGCAGGUCUCCAGCUCCACUCUUCUGGCUACCCAAUCAACCCUGACUUGUUCCACAUGUUGGAGCAAAGAAAGGCAGGAUGGGUCAGUAUACCUGAUAGCAUCCAUCAGAGCAGAAGCGGCGCAAAAUCUGAUCCCAAGAGAGCGCACCGGAAGCUGAUGUUUGACACUGUGAAUGAGCUUCUGCUUCAGAAGUUUGAGAAGGAAACCGCAGUUUAUUCGGUCAGUUCCUUCACCAGAGCGAAGGAUCCACCUGCAAAGACUCCUAGCGGGCAGCAACUGCUGAAGUUCAUAUCCUCAGGAAUCGAAGACCUGGACAUGGAGCGAUCGUCCAUCUGGCAGAAGGAAGGAAGCGUGAUACCUGAUGCAGAGAUCCUGCAGAGGCUGCAGGGAUGGACGAGCUUCAGCAAGGAGCUCCCGGGGAUGGUGUUGGAGAUCGAAAGGUCGAUAUUCAAGGAGCUGGUGGACGAGGUGGUGCAUGGGGAGUCUGCUGACGGCAGGCAGGUGGAGAAGGCAGCAGGCAGGCGGAGAAGGCGGCUCUUUGCUUGA